AUGUCAAUCAUGCUCUCGUUCGCUGUCCGGUUGAUGUUACUAUUGCUACAACUACUACUACUACUACUAGCGGCGGAAAGAGGCUCAUCGUUGGACGAAUCUACGGACUACUGGCCACCGGAAACUCACAUGCUUAUGCAAGAGCCCGACUACUUUGAUUCAGAAACAUGGCAACACAUUCCGGAAACGGAUCUGAUAAACAUGAUUCCCGAGUUGUUCUACUAG